CGAAUUUUCUUUCCUUCCUUCCGCAGGGCCAAACCACGCCUCUCACCGAUCGGCGGCCGGCGUACGUACACCGAGGACGAGCUCCAAAGUGCACUGCAGGACAUCCUGAAUGGGAAGCUGGGCACCCGGCGGGCCGCGGUCCAGUACGGCAUCCCACGGUCGACCCUGCGCAACAAGGUCUACAAACUGGCCAUGGAGUACAAACGUGACGUUCUCCACCACGUGCCGCUGGAUGACGACGACGAUGAUGACAAGGACUCGCUCGAAGACGACGUCGGCAUCAGCGGCGGCGGCGGCGGCAGCAGCAACCAGAUCAAGUACAACCAGCAAGCACUGGCCGAAGCAUACCUGCGUCUGUACGGCGGCGGCGGCAGCAGCAGCAGCACUCCGAAGCCCGAACCCACCUCCGCACCUUCCACACCACCCCAGCAGCAUCCGACGCCUGAACCUCCGAUGUUGAAACCGAUCCACCCGCAAACCCCUCAACCGCAGCAGCAAACCGCCACGCCACAGUCAUCUCCGCUGGCGGCCGCUGCCAACAGUUUGAUCGACCCCAACAUCCUGCUUCAGCUGCAAAGUCUACUCCUUACGGGAGCUCUUCCACGGCUGACGAACCAAGCUGCCCAAACUGGCAACCCCGAGGAAGCGGCGGCAGCUCAGGCAGCUCUCGCUACCCUUCCCGAGCUGUUGAAGAAGCUCAUUCAGCAACAGGAAUUGAUCGCCGAGCAGAUCAAGAAGGCCGCUGGCGGCCCUGAACCACAGCGACCCUCCGCAAGCACCCCGACGCUGAACAACGGUCAACCGAUCGACCCGCGGCUAUUUCCCUACCUCCAACAAAGCAAGUCCCGGGCGGCGUCCGGAACACCGGAGACCACCACCUCCUCCAUGGAUCUGAACGACGGAGGUAGCGAUGACUCGCAGGUCAUCUUGAAAGUUCCGUCCUACAAGCCCGUUCCGAAUCAGUCCCCUCUACCGACCACUGCCGCAGCGGCAGCUCUUCUGGCUGCCAGCAAAAACGGUGACCAUCACAACCUUUCCACACCGUCUCCGCCGACCAACAGCGUACCAUCGGUGCGCGAUCUCAGCAGUCUGGUCGUCGGUGGUCCCGGCUCUAGCCUCAACAGUAACUCCACCCCACGACCAGUACACACAGCUAGUCCCCAGCAACCGAGCUCUGCCCAACCUCUGAACCACCUGUCCGUGAUAUCACCUCCGAUGAGCGGCGGCAUCCGGCCCCGUAGCAACUCCCAAUCGCCACCGAGCCUGCUCGGCGGCAAGUCCAUGCUGUCGAUCAACGACGUCAUCGCGAGGAGUAUCAGCAAAAACUUCCAACAACAUCACCAAUCCGAUCUGAUGAAGCAGCAGAUGGAGUCGAUGGAGCAGCAAUACAAGCGGCCCACCAUUUCGGUCAUUAAGAACCUGGGCGGAACGGACAUUUCCCGGUUUGGAACCAACCCGAACAUCACGCAGAUGACUGCUCAGCAGCUGGCAAACACCGGCACCGGUGGCAAAGGAACGAGACCAAAGCGAGGCAAAUAUAGAAACUACGACCGGGACAGUCUGGUAGAGGCGGUCAAGGCGGUGCAGCGAGGCGAGAUGUCGGUGCAUCGGGCGGGCAGCUACUACGGCGUUCCACAUUCCACGUUGGAGUACAAGGUCAAGGAGCGGCACCUGAUGAGGCCCCGGAAGCGGGAACCCAAGCCGCAACCUGGACUAGAUGGGCUGAAGUCGGACCUCGGAGGAGGAGGAGGAGGAAGCAGUAGCAUGAGGAGUAUGGAUAAGAACAAGGGCCUGGGUGGCAUGGGAGCUAGUGCAAAGUCGCAGCAGAUGAAGAACCAGUACGCGGGAGCAUCACCGAACGGCGGACUGAAGAUGCCGAUGUUCGAUCCCGGAAUGGCUUCGCAGCUGCCGUAUUCUCCACCAUUCCUGUGGCCACAUCCGACGGCGGGAUUCACUGGACUGCCAAUGGAUUUUGGUCGGCAAGCGGGAGCGGCGGGGUCUAGUAGCGCUUCGGCGAUCAUGCAAAGGUUUCAGCCCGAUCAGCAGGGUAGUAAGUUGCCCGGCGCGGUGAGUAACAACAGCGCAGGAGGACCGAAAACAGCUCGGGAGCUGGCCGAAAGCAUAUACGACGGAACGAGUACCAAUGGUUCGUUUUUGGAUGAUAUCAUUCGGCAUAGUUUGGACAAGAAACCGGGCGACAUGCAUCACGGAGCGCUGUUCGACCAGCUGAUGAAGAGUAACCGGUCCGUGCAGCCGCCGUCGCAGUCCUCGGGGAGUGCGGAUGAUUCCGCAACAGCAGCCCUUCUUGCCAAGGUCAGCGGCUCCAAGCGCAGUGCCACCAGUCCGCUGAACUUCCUACCGGAGAUGAUCAAGCGGGAACGGACCAGUCCCGGAGCGUCGUCCACCUCGUCGACCAGCAGUAAGCUCGGAUCCGUCAGCUUCAACGACCAUCACCUCCAGCAGCAACAGCAGCGCCAUCUAAAUACCUCUAGCGAAAGUCUCUUCGAAAGCCAGCUUGCCAAGAACAAUCUGGCGGUCGAGAACCUCAUCAAGCUACGUGAGGACCUCACAUCGAUGUCCGCGGCGCAUCACCACAACAGGACGUCGAUGGAAGAUCAACACAACGGCGGUAAGGACGAACUAUCCUCAUCCGUUAGCGAGCAGCUGCAGCAGCAGCACCAGCUUCUUUCGCAACGGCUCGUUACCAAGUUGCCAACCGACGACGGCAGCUCAUAGAAGUGACUGCCACCAGAGGCGCUGCUGCUGUGGCGCUCCCACACUUUUCUAGGUUAGGUGAAGAAAUACGCAAAAGAGUAGUGUAGGGCAAACGGCAGAAGGAAAUCCGAAGGGCAAACAAGUAGGCGCAGAGAAGUAGUUCAAAUAUUAUUAUUGUAGUAGUUAAAAGUGAGAAAGUGAUUGCAAUUUAUAUUUGGGUUGGUGACAGCUUUUAUCCACGCUCACGCACACACACACUGAUCCGCGUCUCAAAGUGUGCGCUGCGUAGUGUGUGCGUGAGAGCAACUCUUUUAAACUGGAACAAAGCAACCCAAAACAAAAACGGAAAAUCAAAAUAGCAAAAAUCAAUGAGAUGAUGAUGAUGAUUAAUUUAGUGCAAGAAGGAAAAUCGCGAAAUCUAGUGAAAAAACGACAGAGAAUUUUAAAACAAUGUGAACUUAGAGAGGCGCGCAGACGCAGAAGUAGAAGAAAACCGAAGACGCAGAAGUUUUUUGACAAUCGACAAAUAGGCUCUUGUAAAAAUCCUCCCUUUCACAAACUAACACAAGCAAACAUAUAACACACAGUGCAAACAAACAAACAAAAAAAAGAACUACAGAAAAUCGCAUCUUUCGGACUGCUCCAUUCCUCACAAUCCGCGCUCCCCACCACUUGAACAAUAAUAAUCGAAGUAGCCGGCGAACCGGUGAAGAAACAAUAGAAGAGCGACCGACGUUCAGUCGCCAGAACAACCGUAAGAACAAACAACCAAGGAAGUCUGAUUUUUAUAAUACGAAGAAGCGCAAGCGUACGCGGCGCGCGGUGAUUAUUUUCCGAGAGACACACACACACAUGCAAACGCAAAUGCCGCCAGGUAAAACAGGAAGAUUUUCUAUCAUUUUACACACACUUCUACCGACAUCAUCAGAGAAGUACAGUCUAGGCCCAUAACCCUUUUCUCAACGAUAUAGUUGAUUCAGUUAGUUGACCGGGAGUGGGAGGAAGGCUGCGGUGACCUCGCUGAGAAUGGUCGAUCGAUUAACGGCAAAGACGGAAAAAAUUGUCACCUCCACAUGGGCGAGUAAACAACAAUAAUGGAGGGCACAAUGCGGCAACGCAGAAAAAGUAGAUUAAUUAAUUUGCAUUUGUCAUAUCAGCAGCGUGUCAACAUGGUGAAAGUUGUGGGUGAGGAACUGAAGUGAGGUUGACAUUAAUCGAUUCGCAGUAGGCCGGUGUUUUUUUUUCAGUGGAGUCGUUUCGGCUUGUUUACAGUGACAGUUGUUUGCUUACAACUGGAGCAUAGUGGGUUCGCUUCGGUAUUUUUGGUCAAAAAUCAAUAUAAAUUAGAUUUUCGUGAAAAAAAAUGAGCCUACCAAAUCUAUUUCUUACUCGACCCAUAAGUGGACACAUGGAUAUUGCAACAAGCAUCAUGAUUCUCGAGCAAUUUUCUCACCUUUUAUUUGAUUCAAGCAAAUUUUACAUCCAUCCAAUUCCACUGCGAAAAAUAAACACGCGUAAACAACGGUAGAAAUCAACCAGAAAAGCCGGCAAAGCCUCCCGCAGGCCCAUUUAGCCGCAACUCAAUUAAAAACAAACCCCACUCAUGGUCGUUACUCGCGUACACACACACAGACGCUGAUCUCCAUAAUGACUGCGAAUUAAGGUAGUGCUACACUGGAACCCUUCCCCGAAAGAGCAGGGUAGCAGGAAAAAAAUCGAUCAAACACGCAAUUAUCCAAACCCUCUUUCACCGGGGAUUCCGGAUCCGAGCCGACGAUGACGAUGAUGGAUGGCCAAACCACUGGCGAGGGGAAAGACGCGGUAGAAAAAAAAAAGCUUCCACCCCCAUUCUUUCAUUAACUUUGUAUGCGUCGUCAUCGCUCCUGUAAGGGUCAUUUCAGCCUUCGCCCAUUCCUAUUUCUUCAAUUUAAUUACAUCAAAUCAAACCGAAGUAAUGGGAAAUAAACAAACGACUGAAGUAGAAAAAAAAACAUUUGGACAUAACAAAACCACUUUUAGACGUCAAAAAAUGAGCUCUUGGCAAACUGAGAAAAACAAAAACACAAUUUUGCACAUUUUGUAAACAAAUCCAAAAAAAUCAAUGUCGUGGCUAAAAGUAAGAAACUCAAAAUUAAAAUUAAAACCCAAAAAAAGUGUAUUGAUCUAUGAACUAAACAAACAAAAGUCAUAUUUGGUGUUCAAAAUUCUAAUCCAAGAUAAUAUCAAAAUCAAACACACACAAGUAAGAAAAGUCGAAGAAGACAGUCGAGUCGUGAAAAUAUUAAAAUAUAUUUAUGUUUAUCUUUGAGAAAGGUAUAUCGAAGAAAAACAAACAUUUUAAGAGGGCCGCCUGACAGGAAACAAAAAAGAAAACAAGAUGGCGGACCCCCAACAAAGUAAACUAACUCUAUGUUUCGACGUUUUUAUCCUUAAACCAAAACAAAAACAAAAAUCAUCCACCAAAAAUAUAUUUGUGUACUAUCGUGACAACCAAAACAAAAAAAAAAUAUCAAAAUUUAAGGGAAAAUCAAAAUAUCAAGUCUCGUAAACUCGGUGUUUUAACUAAGGUUACUACUAAUAGGCUGAAACGCGCCUACCGGCGCGGCGGACUGUGGGUAAAACAUGAAAAAUUUAAGUGUUUCGCAUCUCGUAAAAUAUCAUUAGACGGGCGCUCCCGCGCCUACACGCGGAAUUAUAACUAUCAGAUCGGACGCGACAGGAAAAAUCCUCCCCGAAAUCCCGAAUCCCGAAUCCAUCAUCCAUCUGAACCAAACCAAACCAACUGCAAGUCCUUCGAAAAUGUAAACAAUCGCGCUUCAAAAAGGGCGCGUUCCAUUUAGGAUAACUAAACCGCGAAACGGUCAAAACCAAAAACCAAACACAGUCGUCAGCGGAAAGAAAUAUAUUAUAUAUGUGUGUGUCUUCACGUCACGUAUACCUCAAAAGUAAAAAGUAAAAAAAACGGCAGAAAAUGAGAAGAAAAAUUAAACUUAUUAACUUAGCAGCCACAGCGGAAGCAAAAUCGAAGAAGUCGAAACAAAUCAAGAAAUAACAACAACAGCUACAACAACCACAGGAAAAUAAGUUCUUUCUUUUGACAGUUUGCAUCAGUUUGCGUUAUCAUAACAACAACAACAACUACAACUACAAUAGCAACAACAGUUUAGUAGGCUGGGUGAUUCGUGGUUCAGUGGUCUGUGGGUAAAAUGUGAUUGUCCGAUGCAUUCUUUUGAUUUUGAUGGUCGAAUUUGUUCAAGUGCUCGUGGAUUCAGGUAAACAAACUUGAUGUAUUUGACGGUGGGGUUGUUUGACAGAUAAUCGAUAGGAUUUGUUCAACACUUUUCAAGCAAUUUCGAUGCAAACAAACUGAUCUUGAAGGUCUAUGACAGUUUUCGUAGGAAAAUUACAGACUUGUGUUUGUAAACAAUGACAUACACGAAUCUGUCAAAUAAAAAGGCUUAUUAAACUCGAUUUCUAGAAGAUGUCACUUGAUUUAGCACAUCUGGCAUGCAACUUUUUCAUUAAAAUAAAGUUAGAUUUCAAAGCCUACUUGAACCUGAACGUCACGUCGAGUUGGUUAUAGUUUAGCUGUCAAAUCAAUCAUCAGACUUCAGCAAAUUUGAUCGUUUUGGCGCGUCUGUCAUUCAGCACUUUCAAUGGAGCGGGAGCCCUCGAUGGAGACUUUGACAUUUGACUCUGAUUGUUUACAUCGGAGAUAAACAAUGUUCCCCUUGCAGAGGUUAUCGUUUAAACGUCAGAUUUAAUGCUAUCGAAAACAAUUAUGGUUUUAUUAUAAAUUCGGUUGGAAAUCAAAUAACUUUUUUUUGAGAAAAAUAUUUUUGUUUAUUUUGGUUUGUUUACAACAUCCAUCGGAAGUGACGUAUAUAAUGGUGCAUCAUUGAACGCACACAGCGCACUACACCCGGUACUGAAAAAAAAGUGUCGUUUCCAAAGGCAACGCUAGUAGUUGGCCAUUUUUGUUUGUCUAUGGUGACUAAAUCCGGCAUUUUACAAGCGCCAGUGGCUGCCUGAAUUUUGUCAUUUUCUGGUUGGAAUCAAUCAAUCUUCCCGUGUGGCGUCUAGCCUGUGUCGUUUGGCAGCUGAUCGAUCUUAUCGAUCAGCUGUCAAACGACACAAACCAAACACCAGAUCUGAUCGCAGUUCUAUCGGAAAGUGAGCAACAUUCUGGAGGCCUGGAGCACUCGUUUGCCGGGCUCCAUUUUGAAAAACGAUAACAUUUUAUCGUUUUAACGCCACAAUGCAAAAGGUAUUUGUUGGCAAAUCUGAUCGAUCUAUUGCUCUUGGUUGAAACCUAAUCACUUGAGCAUCCAUAUUGAUCGUACAUUAACAAUUUGUUGACCUUACUGGGCAAACGACAAGCCAUUCGGUUUUCUGCUAAGCUUGAUCGUUUUCACGUCAAUACUGAGUGAUAACCGAGGUUUGUUAUGCAGCAAUUAUCAAAUGCCAAUCGAUGUCAUUUUAAUACUCACUUUCUGGUAGAAAUAUAACGAUUUGACAGUUGGCUUGUAUCAUGUGACAGCUGAUCGAUAAGAUCGAUAACUAAUCUUAUCCAUCAGCUAAAAAUAGCACAUUUCAAAAGUCAGGUCAUCAAAUUCAUACAAAAAAGCGGCCAACUGUGGUUGCGAUCAACCAAUCUGCCGUCUGGCCUGUAUCGUUUGACAGUUGGUCAGAUUAAUUCACAAUGAGACAGAAUUUCUUACAGAAGUAAGAAUGCAGUCAUCCGGACGCGCCGUGAACUGUUUUUACUGUCGCCAUGAGACAUAAUUUCUUUCAAAUAUAAGGGUGCGGUCAUCUGGAUGAGCCGUGGACUGUUUAUAUUGUCGUCAUAAGACAGAUUUUCUUACAAAAGUAAGGGUGCGGUCAUCCGGACGCGCUGUGGACUGUUUUUACUGUCGCCAUGAGACUGAAUUUCUUACAAAAGUAAGGGUGCGGUCAUCCAGACGCGCCGUGGACUAUUUAUAUUGUCGCCAUGAGACAGAAUUCCUUAUAAAUACAAGGGCGCGGUCAUCUGGACGCGCUGUAGACUGUUUUAACUGUCGCCAUUAGACAGAAUUUCUUACAACAGUAAGGGUGCGUUCAUCCAGACGCGCCGUGGACUGUUUAUAUUGUCGCCAUGAGACCAAAUUCCUUCCAAAUACAAGGGUGCGGUCAUUUGGACGCGCUGUAAACUGUUUUUACUAUAGCCGUGAGACAUAAUUUCUUACAAAAGUAAGGGUGCGGUCAUCCGGACGCGCUGUGGACUGUUUUUAUUGUCACCAUGAAACAGAAUUUCUUACAAAUGUAAGGGUGCGGUCAUCCGGACACGCUGUGGAAAGUUUUUACUGUCGCCAUAAGACACAAUUUCUUACAAAAGUAAGGGUGCGGUCAUCCAGACGCGCCGUGGACUGUAUGUAUAUUGUCGUCAUAAGACUGAAUUUCUUACAAAUGUAAAGGUGCGGUCAUCCAAACGCGCCGAAGAUUGUUUUUACGGUCGCCAUGACAAAGAAUUUCUUACAAACGUAAGAAUUUGGUCGUCCAGACGCGCGGUGGAUUGUUUUUACUGUCGCCAUGAGACAGAUUUUUUACAAAUAAUUGACCGCGUAAAUUAAUCAAGCAAAAUGUUUGCAAGAAUUCAACCGACAAUCAAACAUUCUUCAAGGGGAACAAUCAGGAUGCUGGAUUUUGGAUACCAAGUUCACAAGUUUCCCUGGAUUUUGUUCACAUUCUGGUAGUGAUCAAGAUUGGUAAAAUUAAUUGUUGAUCAGUUGUCAAAUUACACAAGUUAAACGCCAGAUCGACUGUUCUUUACCAUAAAGUGAGCAAAAUUCUAACGUUCUGAUGCUGGAUAACCUUGGUCAUUCAAAAUCAAAGAAAAGCAACGCUUCGUAAGUUUCCAUUUCCCAGCGAACCACCCCAAUCCCAGCCUUACAUUAAAUUUUACGUAAAAUUUUCUUUCCCUCCAGUUUCCACCAAAAACACGUCAACGCGUGUGUAUGAUACACAGUAAAAAAACAACAAUACCAACCGGACAACACAAAAACAAUAGAUUCAAAUCACGAACAGCAAGAGACUACUUUGUGUUUCGUUACGAGCAAAACUCAAACAAAAAAAAAACUAACAAAAACAUGAACAAAACGCCAUUUUAAAUUUCGUACUACUUCAGCGUUAGGGUGAUUAAGGCAUCGUAAAUUAUGAAGAAAAAAAAAAUAUUUAGGAAAACUAAAAAAAGAAACAAAAACACACAGAGAUGAAAGACAGAAAAAACACAAGUUAAAAAUUUAAAAC